AUGGCACCACCUGUGGUCCAGCUCCUGUUCCUCCAGCUUGUUCUAGAGCCAGCUUUGGUCGAAAACAUCCAGCUACAGCUUGCCAUCAAGAACUUCCGUACCUUACAUAUCGACUAUCCCAAGGUUAACUACGCAAAGGGUUUCCGGGGCUACUGUAAUGGUCUGAUGUCCUAUGUACGGGGCAGACAACAAACCUGGUAUUGCCCAAAGAUCCAUUAUGUCUUACAUGCCCCGUGGACAGCCAUCAAGAAGUUCUGCAAGUACAGUGAGAGCUUCUGUGAGAAUUACAAUGAAUAUUGUACAGUCACCCAGGACUCCUUCCCCCUCACAAUCUGCUCCCUGAGCUCCAAGCAGCCAUCCACCAGCUGCCACUACACCAGCACCCUAACCAACCAAAGGCUCUAUCUGCUCUGCUCCCAAAAGUAUGAUGCUGAACCGAUAGAUAUCAUUGGCCUCUACUAGGGAUGGGAGGUGCUAAGUCUGAACUAGCCCCCCUACUGCCGCUACGGACCAGCCUGUCCCCACUCCUGAAGCUCUGAUCCCUGGUACAAGGCUUCCUUCCUGGCUUCAAAGGUAGGCAGGAUCCCCUCCCAAGAGACCAGGGAGAUAGGAAAUAUGUCCAGAGCUUUGGUCACCAUGCAAAGUUGUACUGUCUUCUAGGCGCUUUCUAACUUGUUUAUCUCCCCGCAUCACUCCUGCCACCAUCUUCCCUCUCCCACAGACAGUUUCACCCACCCAAGAAGCUGACUGUGUCCAGUUGGCAGUGACUGUUCAUCUACUGGGCCAGAUCCUGUAUCGUGGCUGGAGGCCAGAGCCUCAGCUCACACCAUGGUACCAGUUCCGAGUCUCAAACCCCCAUCCCUGCCACCCUUCCCUUUUCAGUCUUCCCCAUUUCCCUUAUGAUUCCCUCUA